CCACUUUUCCAUGGUGCUAUAUCUGAAAAGUUUUGUGCAGCAGUACAAAGUUCUUUGUGCCAAGGGCUUUGUGUGGAAGCGCAUUGGCACGGAGGUUGUAAGUAAGGCCUUUGCAGUAUGCUGCACUGUGGACUCUGUGGCUUGGCCCUUAUUGCAAAACAUGAUUCAGUUCAACACCUACUUCGGCUGCAGUUGGUGUCUUCAUCCCGUAUCGCUCAUUGUUAGGGCAAUUCGCUAUACAGUCAGUGUCAAGGUGGUUCAAGACCGAAAAUCAAAGGGGGCGAUCCGUGACAUGUACGAAGCUGCGUCAGGAGGUGUUAUCUGUAGAGGUUUUAAAGACCCCUCUCCGUUGCUCAACAUGCAGUCUUUUAGCGUUAUUGUGUCUUUUGUUCCCGACUACUAUAUGCAUGCUGUCCUCCUCGGUGUUUCUCGGUCACUUUUGAACUUGUGGUUUGACAGCAACAGUGGGGAGGCGUUCUAUCUAGGAGAACCAGCAACUGUGAGGCUGGUGGACUGUAGGAUGAGAGCCAUCAAGCCAAUAUCCAAGCUGGGCAGGUUUCCCCGGGGAGUGAGUGAACGAAAACUCUGGAAGGCGCAGGAGUAUCAUUCGUGGCUUUUGUACUAUCCGCCGCCGAUACUCUGCGGGAUUUCGCCCAAGCCUUUCCUUGGCCACCUGGCUCUUCUUGUGCACUCUAUUUAUUACCUCGUUCAUGACACACUCACAAAAUAUGACAUUAUCACAGCUCAUAUUCUGUUAACUGAGUUUAUGAUAAAAUACAACAUGCUCUGUGGAGACGUUAACAUGGUCUUCAAUGUUCACUUGCUCCAGUACCUGGCAAAGAAUGUCUUGCAUUGGGAGCCUUUGUGGACCCAUUCUGCCUUUUGCAUCAAGGGAAACCGUGGAAUAGCAAUGCAGGAUCUACAGAAGGCCAUACUUAAAGAGGCACUGACACAUCAAAAUUGUAUUUUUUUUAUUUGUGAUGUAGAGAUUUUUUAA